CUAAAUAUUAUUAAAUUAUUGAAUAUGCCUCCAAAGACUCAAAAAUAAAAAGAAGAAGAAGCAGCUAGAUUAGCAGAAGAGUAAAGAUAAAGAGAAGAAGAAGAAGAAAAAUAGAGAAAAGAAAUGGAGAAAUAUAAAAUUAGUAAACUCAAUAAUACAAAGUAAUUCAAUAUGUUUAAGAUCAGUUUGCCUCUUCCAAUUACUAAAUUUUAUAUUGAAAAUGUUUAUCCACAUCCAGAACCACAUAAGGCAACGAUAGAAUAUUUGCAUAAAGUAAAAUGAAGAUUGUAAAUUAAAAGUUAGCAGAAAUUAGUAACUGUAAAGAUCAAUUGCGAGAUAUUGAUUUUUAAAUAACAGCUGAUAUAUUAAUAAAUGAUUUAAUAUUUGCAAAAUCAUUAAAAAGUUUAAAUGAUGAAAGUAUAUAAGUAUUGGUAAAUAUUUUAUUUUUAUCAUUUACAAAUAAUAACACCAAGUUUAGUCAAGAAUUGAGAUACAAUAAUACAAUACAAUAAAAGAAUUAAAUUACAGAUGCAGAAUUAUUUAAUAAUUUAUUAAAAACACAUGCAGAAAUAGGAUAUUUUAGAUCAAUGCAUAUAUUACCAAUUAAAGAUCAUUUCUAAAUUUAUUUAAAUCAUAUAGAUUUGAUAAUUCAAGCCUUAAAAUCAGAUUAAAGAACAUUGGAACUUCAUAUGGAUUUAUAGAUUGAUUUGCCUUUGUAACCAUUACCAUUAGAUGAAGCAUUAAUUUAUCGACCUUAUGAACAAAAAGCUGAAGAUGAUGGAUAAAUUGAAACUGUUGAUUAAGAAGAUUAAUAAGCUCCACCAGAACCAACUGAUGAAGAAUUAUUGGAUCCAAUUAUAAUGGAAGCAAUAUAAAGAAAACUUGAUUUGGCAAAAUAAGAAUUAGAAGAAAAAAUAAUAUCAAGAUAAAAGGAUAUGGAAGAAAAAUUAAUGAGUAUGGCCACAAAAAAGAAAUGACAUGAGGAUAUAU